CGUGGAAAUGUCCGUCUCGUUCUCUGGGAGGUGCUUCUGCGUAAUUACUGGCGCUAGUCAAGGCUUUGGUCGUUGUCUUGCGGUCGCUUUUGCGCAAGCGCUGUCUGCAGGUAGUUCAUCGCUGGUGGACUUGGUGCUGACCGCACGAGGACGUGAAGGUUUGGAAGAGACCAAACGUCUCGUGUUGGGCAUUACAUCUACUGUCAAUGUCCACGUGGUUACAGGAGACAUUGCAGAUAUAAACAAAUUGGAUAACUUAUGUGCUGACCUGCUACAACCAUCUCUUGGCAACAAAUAUGAGCAGACGUUGUUGAUUAACAAUGCCGGUUCGGUGGGCGACGUCAGUAAACACUUCAGAAAGUGUACGAAUUUGGAGGUUCAAGCGGAGAUGAACUGCAAUGUCACGUCGUUCAUUGUUCUGACUGGAAAAUUUAUUGAGCAUUUUCACGAGACUCCCACUGCUGUCGUCAACAUCUCAUCACUUUGUGCAUUGCAGCCGUUUGCUUCCAUGGGUACGUAUUGUACUAUGAAGGCAGCACGUGAUAUGGCACUAAAGGUGUAUGCAAAGGAACAGCCCAAGGUCAUUUGUCUCAACUAUGCUCCUGGUCCAUUGGAGACUGCGAUGACUGACACACUACGAGUUAACUUGGUUGAUGAGCAAAUACGAGGAUAUUUCAAGAAGAUGAAAGAAGAGAAGACGUUUGUAAAAAUGGAGGAUUCGGCGCAAAAGCUGAUCCACUUGUUACGCUCGGGUGCGUUUCAAUCCGGCGAUCAUGUCGACUUCUAUGACCCCAUGCCGACGACAUAGACUGUACAUGACUGUGUGGCAAUGCAGCUAGUAAGGCAUGUUUUCUCAGUAACUGUUUGUUGAAAUAUAAAGGGUUAGUUUGUUGUGUUUCAA